GGUAGGGAAAAGCAGGAAAGCAACUUGCCUUUGUCUGCUUUCGCUCUCUCCCUUCUCUUAAUCAAAAGGCUUUCUUUUUCUUUUCUCUUCCAUGCUCAUUUCUCCGUGCUGAUACUCUGAACCGUCUUUCUCUUUCUCUUCUCCUUUCAUGGUCACCAAGGGGAUGCAGGAGAGCCACUAGCAUAAAGAGAAAGGUUGGCAUUCAUGUGGGCAGCUGCUUGAAGAAGCCAAGAAGAAACAAAAAAUCGCACUGAGAGUAGGCUAUGGAAGUCGGUCCUCCUCCUCCUGAUCUUCUUCCAUCUUCUUUUACUCAGAGCGACUUGAAUGCGUCAUUACAGGCGAAAACAGACAAUCCUCUAUCAAAGAGAAGAAAGGCUGUCCCCAAGACUGUUGUGACCGUACGGGUUGAAUCGCCGGCUGGGAAGCAAAAGGGUGAAGGCCCUCCGUCUGACUCGUGGUCUUGGAGGAAAUAUGGACAGAAGCCUAUCAAAGGAUCACCUUAUCCGAGGGGAUAUUACAGAUGCAGCACAUCAAAGGGCUGUUCAGCAAAGAAGCAAGUCGAGAGGUGCAGGACAGAUGCCUCAGUGCUCAUAAUCACCUACACCUCAUCUCACAACCACCCAGGCCCUGAGCAACCCAAACCCCAAGCAAAACCAUUAACUGAGCCCACCUCCCCUACUCCAACCUGCACCCAAGCCCCAAAAGAGGAUGAAUCCAGCUCCACUGAGCCACCACCAUCAACAGAAAUCGGUCCCCAUCUGCAAGCACCUAAACAGGAGCAGCAAAAAGAAGAAGACAUGCAACAAUUUACAGAAGAGGCUGAUAACACUGGCCCGCCUCUAGUCCCCCUUGAUGAGCCUCUUUCCUCGUCAAAUCAGCAGAUCUUGAACUUCUCAACAACAACCAAGACUGAAGAGAAUGAUUUCUUUGAUGAACUCGAGGAGCUACCGAUAUUCUCUUCAUUUAGAGGGAUCAUGAGGAACAGUUUCUCUGAUGAGAGGAUCCUUGUUCUUCCUUCUUACAGCAAUUGAAAUUAAGGUUGGGAGGGCACAUGGAUCUUCUGACUGCGUAUGUAUAUAAAUGUUUUCCUUUUUUUCCCUUCUCUGGCAAACUAGUGUGCCCUUGUGAUUGAGGGAAGAGUGGUCGGUGACUUUCGAGAGACAUUCGCCAUUUCUGGUUAUUCCUUUUUGUAUUUAAUGGGAUCUAAAGAGAAGGCAUUGGAGAAGGCAAGGCUGUUUCAGGAAAAUCAUGUAGAAAGAUGCGCUUUCUUACCGAAUCUAUGGCUACCAUCUACAAAAGGGAAAAAUAGUUGGAAAACUAUUUCAAGAGAAUGAAUAACGACUUCGUUGAGGACUCA